CAGAAUCCAAAAGAUCUUGUUUGUCUGGUACAGUUUGAAUAUGUGGAGGUUUACAGGGGCAUUGGAUGGAAGAAAAAAUAUCAUGCACCAACAGAUUUUUGUUUCGCUCUAAAGGUAUGCAAAUAUUGUACCUUUUAUCUCCUUGAAUCCAUUACCCUGAUUUUCUUUUUAUUUGGUUUUUGAUGAUGAAAUUUCAUACCUAAAUUUAUCUAUAUUACUACAAUAGAUCUAUACAAAAGAUGUAAAAAAAUUUUAAUUUUUUCUUCCAGCAUCCGCAGAUACAGAAGAAAACAUCAAAGUACAUUCGUUAUUUCUGUGUAGAGACUGAAAUAGCACUGGACCAGUGGGUCAUGGGUGUGAGA